AGUCUGUAUAGCCUCUUUCACAUUUAUGCCUUAGUUUGUUUGGUCUAAUCCACUAUAUACAUGACCAUAGCGCACUGCCUCUGUACGUAAAGCUCCUGCUAAUGCGUCAGUUGCUCUUAUCUACCAAACCAGACGCUCGGUUAUAACGCUCAAAAUUGCCAAACACCCAGUAGCUGUUUUGAUCUGAUGGCGGAAGAUUUGGGGCGAUUAUAAUGUUUCCUUAUUUGCUGGUUGCUCAUUUAGUGUUGUUCAGUAGCUCUGUACCACAGACUACUCUGAGUCCUUUUUAUAAUACUACAACUGUGUCCGACAUGUCUGUGGAUUGGGUUGGAUAUGGAUACGCAGCUCUGAUUGCCACUGGGGGUGUCGUGGGCUAUGUGAAAGCAGGUAGCGUCCCCUCUCUGGGUGCUGGACUGCUCUUCGGAGGACUUGCUGGUUUGGGUGCUUACCAGAUCUCCAAUGACCCGAAUAAUAUUUGGGUGUCACUCGCUACUGCUGGGACAUUAUCAGGAGUCAUGGGAAAGAGGUUUUACGCAUCUAGAAAGCUGUUCCCCGCUGGUAUAAUGGCUGGAGCAAGUCUUCUGAUGGUUGGAAAACUUGGCCUAACACUGCUGCAGAAACCAAACAAGUCUGUAUAACGUCACACAGUAUUUGUCUUUGUUUAAAAUAGUUUUGUAAAAUGUAAACAUUUUAUGUAAAUAAAAAAUACAAAAUACAACGUUUAUAAAAAACA